AUGCACCACAACACUUUUAUCGACUUAUGUUUAUUUUACAGUAUUUUAUUAUCAUCCACGCACUUUUCUAAAGCUCUAGAAUGUUAUGUGUGCGAUAAUCAAGAAGACAAUAAAGGAAAAUGCUUAACCACUAUACAAACUUGCAAUUAUGGAGAGGAGGUUUGUUUGUCUGAAAUUCGAUGGGGUAGCACCCCAUACUGGCAACAAGGUGCCCUUAAGCAAUACUUUGUCUCCAAAAGAUGUGCUACCAAAGAUAAGUGUGAGAAAUUUAGAAGCAAUAAUAUGGCAACUUGCACCCAUAUUUGGUACGAGGAUUGGAAAUGUUCGGAGUGUUGUAAAGGAGACAGGUGUAAUUAUUACAUUAUUUCUGAUGCAACUGCAAUUGGAAAGUCUGUGCUUUCGCUAGUUGUUGGACUCAUUAUAGGGCGAGUAUUUUAA